UUUCAGUUAAAAAGAUUCCCACGUGGAACAAUCUCGUUGCUUUCCAUUCCCUCCCUUUCUCAUUUCUUAACGAGUUUUUGAUCCAUUUCUGCCUUUCUUUUUUCGAUCGGUGCAUUUUCCGGGAAAACCCGAAAACCGUCCCCGCGCUUUUUUUGAUUCCGUGGCUCCUCAGUUUCUCCAUUUUCUAUUUGUUUCAUGAAUCGCUUGAUUGUGGCGCCUCACCUCUUCUCAUUUCGUUUAAUCUAUGAAUCUGACCUGAAAUUAUUAGCGGUUUGAUUGGAAUUGAAAUCAAAUAAGUCUAUAAUUCUGGUUGGUUGUUGAUUUAUUUAUUAGCAUCUUUUCUUUAUUUGUUUUUCCAAUUCGUAUGAGACAAUUGGAAACUUCAAUGCGUGUACCAACGAUUGCAGAUGGCAAGUUACAGCGGUUCGCCGAGGCGGAAUUUUCCAAAGUCAAGCGCGUCAUCAGCUAGGAGAAAAUCAUUGGAGAAUGGAGGUUCCAACUCUAUUCGGAAACUCUUACCAUCUUCUCGUCCUGCUCCCAUGGGACUAGCUGGCGAGCGUACGGUGAAAAAAUUACGGCUGUCAAAGGCCCUGACAGUACCAGAAAAUACCACAAUUUAUGAGGCCUGCCGGAGGAUGGCUGCUCGUAAGGUUGAUGCUUUAUUACUUACAAACUCUAAUGCAUUGCUUUGUGGGAUUCUGACAGAUAAGGACAUAGCAACAAGAGUGAUUGCUCAGGAGCUUAAUAUGGGGGAGACACCAGUUUCCAAAGUAAUGACUAAGAACCCAGUAUUUGUUCUUUCUGACACUCUUGCUGUGGAGGCACUCCAGAAGAUGGUGCAAGGAAAAUUUAGGCACUUGCCUGUUGUACAGAAUGGGGAGGUCAUUGCUUUGCUUGAUAUAGCUAAGUGUUUGUAUGACGCUAUUGCUCGAAUGGAAAGAUCAGCUGAAAAGGGAAAAGCUAUUGCUGCAGCUGUUGAAGGUGUAGAAAAGAAUUGGGGAACAUCUUUCUCUGGUCAGAAUACAAUCAUUGAGACACUUAAAGAGCAUAUGUUCAGUCCCUCACUGUCUACAUUAAUUGCAGACAAUCCAAAGAUUGUAACAGUUUCACCAGCCGACACGGUUUUAACGACUGCAAGGAAGAUGCUCGAAUCUCAGAUAAACGCUGUGGCCGUGACUGUUGAAAACAAACCACAGGGGAUUCUAACUUCAAAGGAUAUAUUGAUGCGGGUGAUAGCACAAAAUCUGCCUCCAGAGACUACUUCAGUUGAGCAGGUUAUGACCCCUAACCCAGAAUGUGCAACACUCGACACACCAGUUGUUUCUGCUUUGCAUACCAUGCAUGAUGGCAACUUUUUACACCUUCCUGUGGUAGAUAGAGAUGAAGAAAUAGUUGCUGUUGUGGAUGUGCUCCACGUUACUCAUGCUGCUGUUGCCACGGUCGGGAAAAAUUUUGCAAUCAAUAAUGAGGCUGCCACAACAAUGGUGCAGAAGGUUUGGGAUUCCGCAAUGGCCUUACCUCCCAUUGAAGAUGAUGAGACAAAAAGCUAUGGUUCAUUGAAGUUGGCUUCUGUAGCAGAGACAGAGAGAUCUCUUCCCUAUCCUUCAUCCAAUAUGCCAUAUACAUUUGGCUUCAAAAUACAAGAUAAAAAAGGCCGGAUGCAUAGAUUUACUUGUGAUACACGUAAUUUAACGAAUCUAAUAAGAGCAGUCCUUCAUAGGCUAGGGGAUGACAGAGACAGAAACAAUGUGCCUCAAAUCCUGUAUGAAGACGAAGACCAUGAUAAAGUUAUAUUGGCAUCAAACUAUGAUCUUCAAGUGGCCAUGGAACAUGCAAAGUUAGUUGGUUUGAAGGGUUUGAGAUUACAUUUAGAUUACUCAGGAAUGAAAGAUCGUCGACGGUCCUCCAAUUCGAGAAGGUUGAAUUAUGAAAACUCAUACGGGUGGACUACUGCAUACAACACCGUCGCAGCCGGGGCUGCCGUCGUUGCUGGGCUCGGCUUAUUAGCAUACUUGAGGAAAGCCGGUAAUUAGCAUUCUUAA